AGUAAAUGUACGAAAUACGAAAUACCGCAGCACAUUCAUGUAGCAGCUCGUGUACUGUACGCUGUACGGUACGGUAGCGCAACUACUACUGGAGUACUGGUACUGUAUUAGCUACCGUAUGAGUGGUCCUCAUAGUAGUGCACGAGUAGUAGUACUCUAGAGUACCGGCAGUACUCCAGAGUACCGUUCCAGCCACGUGGUAUUGCCAUCUGGCGCAUGCCGCAUCCCUCUUCGAUUUUGGUUUUGCUCCAAGCACUGUUAUUAGCUUGGCACAAAAUCGACACCCUGUUCAAAAGAAGACGACGAUAGUAUCAUGGCAGUACCAGUAGCACUACCGAUACCCUCUCCUAUCCCACCUCCGGCUCACAUACCUAUAGAAGCGACAAAUGCUGAAGUGAAGCAAAGCACGAGCAUCAGACAAGCACGAGUAUCAGAGAACGUGAUCUACGCGGCGGAUGUCAAGUACAGUCCGAUCAUUGCAUCACUGCUGAUCAUGGUGCCCUCCAUGUUUUUGUUGUGGGGGAUAAUUCAAGGCGCUUUGGGCUACACCGAUGCUGUUGGAGUGGUGUGCCUGCUGUGCAUCAGUCUCUUCAUGGCCACUCUGUAUUCCUCCAUUAUGCCUUCCAAAUACUUGGUGCUCGCCAAUGGCCAAGUCCGCGUCCGAAAUUGGUUUGGACUGGUCCUAUUUCGCUUCCAGAUUAUCCAAGCCGAAGAAGUGCCUCCCUCGGCCAUGCUGGAGAUCUUCUGCAAGUUCACAACGGCCUUUUCCAGUCAUGUCCGAAUGAUUCGCGAAAAGGAUAGUUGGAACCGAGAAGUGUUGGUAUCUGUCAAGGAUCCAGCAGCCUUGGUAGAUGCCAUUCAAGGGGUAGUGGCUGCUCAGAGAAUGGUUGACGGAUCGGAAGAUCAGUCGUCUACCCAACGAAGUGAUGAAACGGCACUAGCCGUCUGGGUUGCAUAGUCCAGUUCCAAACUAUUCCAGUCUAGCUUGCUUGCCAAGCUAUGUUCUUGUUGUACAACUAAUGAUAAAAACGAUAUAUUUCCCUUCUU